AUGUCCACUCGCAAGAGAAAGAAUGACCCCGAGGAGGAGCUCCAGGCGCUUCCGAGUGAUGAUAGUGAGGAGGAAGAGGAGUACGAGGACUCCGAGGUCGAAGUCGAUGAUGUAAGCGAUGAAGAGGACGAGGAAGGCGAGGAGGGGGAAUACUCCGACGAAGAAGAAGAGCCAGAAGCUGAAGGCCCUCCAGCUGCCAAGAAGCAAAAGACUAAGUCCGUUGAAGCCGAUGAGAAAGCUGCCAAUGGCGAUGAGGAAGAUGCGGAGGAUGAAGAAGCUGAGGCAGAGGGUGAGGACGAUGAGGAUGCCGAUGAGACGGCAGAGACUAGUGGUCCAGCUCAAGCUGCAGCUAAGGCUAAGGGCGGCGUUGUUCCUAAAGAAGCGGAUCUGGUAGAGAUCGAUGACGAAGAGGAGGAUGAUGAAUAA